AUGAGCUUGGAGAAGGCGCGAGGUCACGAUGCAGGCCCCGGAUGUGUAUCUGAGAUUCAUCUCAAGCACUUGUUGGCUUUGAACCUGAGAAAGCUAGGAGGCGCAGAGCUGUCCCUUGCACCUCGGAGUUAUAUACUGCAAACGGGGAAUUGCAUGGAAGAGGAGAUUGAGGCUUUCAUCCUCGACUUUAAAGUGUCUCGUGCUUUGGCCGUCCUCCAGCACUUCUCGGGGCUGACGGUAGCUGAGCCUUGCCCUUCUCCGGCCGCAAGCUGCACUCCCGAGGGCCUCUGGGGUCGUGAGCUUCCAGACAUCGAGUGGGAACCCGGACCGGUUCAUGCCUCGUUCAGUUUGGAAGCCGUGACCGCAGCUCUUGUCGUGGUCGGGCAAGCAAUCCGUGUACCAGUAGAUCGGUGGCGUGUGCAUCUGGUAAUCGCUGACGAAGAAUGGGCUUUGAUUCGAUCCUACGACACUCGCAGCCCUGCUUCCCGGACCCAAUGUCAAGACGAUAUUCGUCACGAAUGCAGAGCGCUAAUCGACAGAUGCCCAAUCGAGUUGCAGCUGCCACUCCUUCGGCACAAUGUCUGGGCUUUGAAGCCGAGCUGCGGUCAAUUCGGGCGAGGCAUUCUGUUAAUGGAUCGACUGCCUGCGAGGCCUGUAGAGUUACUGGACUGGGUCGCAUGCGUGGGACGAGGGGGGCAGAAAGCAGGCAAAGAUCUGACUCAAGGCUGUGUCUUGCAGAAGCUUAUAGAGUGCCCGCACCUUCUUGACAGACAAGUUCUGGAUUUCAGAGAGAAUGAUUCCGCUCAACUUCACGGUUCCAUGCCACCAGCUCCUACUUUGAAGUAUAAUUUGCGCACGAUCGUCUUGGCCACCCUGCGACUACCUUGCCGAAUCUGGCUAUACAGGCAUGGAUUCGUAAGUGUGGCUCUUCGUGCAUACACCGAGGAGUUGAACCCGUUGAGUCAUAUUACGAACUUGCGCCAGGGGAACGGCAACGAUAGCCAGAGACGCUGGCCUUUAGACGAUCUGGACAGGCACCUGCAAAAAGAGCAAGCUGGAUCGCUUAACGAAGUCAUACUUCCUCAGGUACGAAGAAUCGUGUCAUGUUUGUUUCAUGCCCUCGCACUGCCUCCAUGCUCGCUGCUGCCUCUAGAAGAAACGCCAGAAGUGACAGGAAACCGCAGCGCCACUGGCAGGAAAGUGCGUCGAUUCGGGUUUGACUUCCUAAUCGACGACAGACUUUCCGCCUGGCUGCUGGAAGUGAACUUUCUGAAGAACGGGUACGCUCUGGGACAUGCACAAGCUGGACCCGCUGGAGACACAAAACGUGCCUUUGUGGACCAGUUUAUGGCUGAUGAGACUUUGCUGCGCUCGGCAGUGGCUUCACCCACCGAGGGCGCAUGCGUACCUUCAAGCUUUGAGGAGUUGACUCCUCGGCCUCCGUAA